AUGACGAGCACCCCGAAGCAGAAGUUUCGGCCGUCCCUGGGUGAGCCGUCCCGAGUCAGCAGAUUGCGAGCACAAUCUCCUGGAGCUUCAUCAGUCGGAUCGGGUGAGGAUGUCGGCACAUCGCCCCGCAGGCGCGCCUUGUUCCCCACCGGUUCAGGGCGAUCUCGAGGAAUUGUGAGCUCAAGGCACUCGCGCGACCCGAGACCAGUCGGGGAUCGAGCCUUCACUGCGCAAUGUGCGAAGAACGUGGUGGAACUGCUCUCGGCUCGAGGAUACUCGAAGACGUUUUCGCAUGACAAGCUACUGAAGGACCCUUCCACGAAAGAGUUUUAUGAUGUUUUCCGCUUCCUGAUCGCGCAGUUGGACCCCCAGCUAGAAGUUGAAGGCAAAAUGGAAGAUGAAGUGCCCAACAUCAUGCGUCGCUUGAAGUACCCAGUGGAAGUCAACCGAUCCAAGCUUCAGGCCAUCAGUGGGCCGAACACUUGGCCGCAGCUACUGGCGGUGUUGGACUGGCUGACAGUCCUUGUUCGCAUCAACGAUGAUCUCAUUGAACCUUUGGCUGCUUGUCAACUUGGUCUAUCAGAUGUGGGUGACCUUGACCGAGAUGCAGGUGAUCAUCACGUUCUGAGAUCCUUGCAUGAGAACUACUUGAACUUCUUGAGCGGGAAAGAUGACAGUGGAGAUGAAGAGAGGCUGCGGAUGAUCUACAUGCAGCGCCUCGAAGCCUUGCAGGCAGAAAUCCAACGCUUGGAGAACCAGCAAGUCGAGAUGCAGCAGCGGUUGCAAGAUUUCCACGGCGAGCACGACCGGCUCCUAGAGCUUCAGAAGGUGCCUGCCCAGCUUGAGAUGGAGGCGGACCGGCUGCGCAGCAUCAUCCAGGCGCAGGAGCACAAGGUGCAGACCAUUGAGGACGAGACGAAGUGCAAGCAGGCCGAGGAGCGCGAGCAGCAGAAGGAGAUUGAGACGUUGCAGGCCAAGCGUGCAUGCUUGGCGGAGCAGGUCGAGAGUCAGGCGUAUUCGAGGAGAGACAUCGAGCGCUUGCAUGCCGAGCGGUCGCAUCUGCGGCAGUUGUUCAAGGAUCUUAAGGCCGAGGGUGAGCGGGCCGAUGAAGAAGUAUGGGAGCUUGGCAUGCAAGAGAAGAGCCGUGCUGAAGAGAUCGGCCGCUUGGUGCGCCAGGUCAACGACACGGUCGAGUACUUGACAAAUGCCUUGACAGAGGACGAGGCAGACGUCUUUGACUUUCGAGUCCGUCUGGAUUUGUCCGAGCCGAGUGACGCUCUGGCAUCGCUGGCGUUCGAUGACCAGAAGAGCUGGGCGCAGGCGGCUUCGUCCUCCCAUGGAGAGCGUCUCCAGCAGGCGGAGUUGGCCUUGCACGAGCUCCUGGAGGAGCAGCGUGGCCUUCAGACUGAACUCGCCGAGAAGGAGGGCGAAGCUCGCCACAUGAGAGCGCGCUACGAGCAACUCACACGCAUCUACCAGGAGUACCGUGAGUGGAGUGCUUCGCAAAUUGAUGAUGCGCAGAAGACGACAGAAGCAACUGAGGAUGCAGUGCACGAGAUUUCCAUCGGAAGUGCAGCUCCCUCGCUAAGAGAUGCUGCCGAGGUGGACAAGCUGAAAUUGACACUGGCGUCGUUGCAGACGCAAGGAUCGCAUGAACGAGCGCAGCUUGAGGAGCAAAUCCGCCGCGAUGAAGAGCGCCUCGAGGAGCACCGCCAGCUGGUCAUGCGGGAGCUUGACAGCUAUGCCAAGGCAUCCACUGCGCUCUGCGAGGAUGUGGAAGCGGCCUUGCUGGAGCGCAGAAUUGAGCGUAUGAGCGUGGUAGUUGUGCUCCCAGAGUUGGAGGGAGUUGCACUCGCAAUGAAGGCAAUCUUGGAAUUCAAUUUCGCGAGGCGCAGUGGCUCGGCGUGGUGUGCCAUUGGAAGCUUCGGUGGCGGGCUUUUGGGUGGCGAUGAGGUGGACAUGGCGGUGGAAGUUGAAGCGCACGCUUCCUUGGCCCUCGUCACUCAGGCUUCCACCAAGGUCUACCGAACAAACCAGGGCCUCCCAGCGAUCCAACGGCUCAGAGCCAGCAUCCGCAAGGGUGGGCUCCUGGUUCUUGCUCCCGAUCCUCUGGUUCCGUUUGCCACUUCGCAGUAUGCCCAACAGAUGUGCUUCACACUUACGCCACGCACCGACGAAAAUUAUGAAAAUCCUGAUGCGGCGUCGGCCGUCGUUGUGGACUGGCUUGGUGCAGGGAGAGUUGCAUCAGGAGAGCGGUGGGCUUUCGAUGAGUACCGUUCUCGCUUUGAGUUCCUUUGGGAAGAAGCUUCGGACAGAAGUAGCAUUGAGGGAUUCCGCGGAUCUGGAUCACCACGACUGGUCGAAGCACUACGCCUGCGAAGAGACGACUGCAAGUUGUUAGACAAUCCGCUGCAGGCAUUUGAUGCUUUCGUCACUAUUUUUGCAUGUGGUCCCCAGGCUGAAAGCGUGGUUCGCAGAAUCAAAACAGUCGCUUUGCUACUUGCUGCCCGAGCGGGUGCACGAGUAAGAUCGGAGGCCAGCUGUGAAGAUCCAGGCAUAACUUUGCCACAGCUCAAAGGCCGAGCGGUCAUGGGAGUGACACGUGAUGAGAGAUCGGGCUGCACAGUGACACGUCUCAUGGCUGAGUACACUGAAGAUGUAUACCGCCUCCUUCACACGUGUUUGGCACCCCUUGCAAGCCGUUUGGGUGCUGAACCCUAUGGGGAUCGUGUGCAUGGUGCUGGAGUGUUUCAGAUCGUUCAAUCGGACACGCGCCCAUCUUCUGACAUGGCGGACGCGAGAAAGCCAAAGAAAGCGAAAGCUCUGGUUGUUUCAGAAGAAAGUGUUUCUCCUGCUCCUGCUUCUUCUUCUUCUCUGGACUUUCAGCAGCAGUUUACCCUGUGCCACCUGACCGACUCCAUGCUGCCGGUCGGUGGCUUUGCGCAUUCUGGAGGGAUUGAAGCUGCGCUACAGCUGGGUCUUCUCAGCAAUCAGGAAGGCGACAUCGAUGGCCUGAGAAAUUUCAUCAAGAUGCUUGCGCUUUCAACAUUCCGGUUGCAGGGUCAGUUUGCCAGGAGUGCUUACAAGCUUGGUGCCAAAGAUGACGCAAGUGACUUAAGCACGUCUAUGGCGUGGAGAACAUUAGACGCGGAUUUGCACGCCCACCUUGUGGGUGGCUUGGCUUGCCGGGCCUCACAGCUUCAAGGUGCGGGUUUGGGUCGUAUUGGUCGCCGUUGGUGCGAGCCGUCGCUGCCAAAGAACGGCCACUUUGCAAGCCUUUUCGGUCUUCUUUGUGCCAGGCUGGACCUUCCACAAGAAGUGAGCGUGCAGGCAUUCCUCUACUGCAGCGUUCGCGAUGCGAUUUCAGCAGCAGUUCGCUUGAACCUUCUCGGCCCUCUACAGGCUGCCGAGCUGCAGCGCUGCAUCUUGACCGAUUUGGAGCAUCUGCGGAGUGGGUGCGAUGGCUUGCAUGGCUUGGAUGGCUUGGAUGGCUUGGAUGAGCCUUUCGGGUGUGCACCCAUGGUAGAUUGCGCCCACGCUGCUCAUGAGCUUCUGGAAGCCCGGCUUUUCCUUACCUAG